AUGGCCGCCCGACUCAUCGCUAAAUUCAACUCCUACUACGCCCAAAAACCUGUGCUGACCACAAUGAUCACGAAUGCGAUACUUGGUGGCAUUGCGGAUACGGUGGCACAAUCAAUAACUGCAGUCCGAAAGAGACAGUCCAUGCUGCCGACUACGACUGAUUCGAGAUACCUUAUCUCCUCCGGGGUCGAACUUGAAGACCUGAACGAAAAGCCUGCAAGGUUGUCGCCUGGUCUUUCUCCUCGGAGCAGCGGACCUCAACCCUUCGACUUCGAACGUUUGACUCGAUUCAUGUCAUACGGCUUCUUGAUGGCUCCGAUCCAAUUUCUUUGGUUUGGUCGACUCACGAAAUGGUUCCCAAUCAGUGCCAAAAGCGGCACUGUUCCUGCACUAAAGAGAGUGGCCAUGGAUCAACUGAUCUUCGCUCCUUUCGGUCUUUGCUGCUUCUUCACAUUCAUGACGGUGGCCGAAGGAGGUGGAAGGAAGGAGGUUCUGACCAAGUUCAAGGACAUUUAUUUGCCCACCUUGAGAGCGAACUACAUCCUCUGGCCGGCCGUACAAAUCCUCAACUUUCGGGUCAUGCCCCUCCAAUUCCAGAUCCCAUUUGUGAGCACUGUGGGGAUCGCCUGGACUGCCUACCUCAGUUUGACCAAUUCGAGCGAGGAUGAAGCACAGGCUCUUCAGUGA